UCAAAGAAGGAAGUUAGGAUUAUAUAUAUAUAUAGGGGCUCAUUUCUUGUAUGUAUCUGUUAAAUCUUCUCUUUGUCUCCGUUUUCUUAUCAGUAUCUGUCUAUAUUUAUUUAUAUAUAGAUCUGAAAUUUUCUUUUUGUCUGUUCUUAUUUUUUUUUCUUGUUCAUUUUUUUGUUUCUCUUAAGGCUUUGGUGAUGAUGAACGAAGACAUCUUACUUCAUCAGCAAGUACAACAACAAGAGGAGAAUAUGUCGAAUCUAACAUCAGCUUCUGGGGAUCAAGCAAGUGUCUCUUCGGGAAACAGAACUGAAGUAAGUGGUUCUAAUUACUUCCCUCAUCAUCAACAACAAGAAGAGCAACAACAGUUCAGUGUUCCUGAAUCUCAGCCUCAGAAGAAGAGGAGAAACCAACCAGGGAAUCCAGACCCGGAAUCAGAAGUGAUUGCUUUAUCACCAAAAACACUAAUGGCAACAAACAGAUUCGUGUGUGAGAUAUGCAACAAAGGAUUCCAAAGAGACCAGAAUCUACAGCUUCACAGGAGAGGUCACAAUCUACCAUGGAAGCUGAAACAACGAUCCAAUAAAGAAGUGAUAAGGAAGAAAGUGUAUGUUUGUCCAGGAGCAAGCUGUGUCCACCAUGACCCAUCUCGAGCUCUCGGUGACUUGACAGGAAUCAAGAAGCAUUUCUGUAGAAAGCAUGGAGAGAAGAAGUGGAAAUGUGACAAAUGUUCAAAGAAAUAUGCGAUUCAAUCAGAUUGCAAGGCUCAUUCUAAGACUUGUGGCACCAAAGAAUACAGAUGUGACUGUGGCACUCUCUUUUCUAGGAGGGAUAGUUUCAUAACUCAUAGAGCAUUUUGUGAAGCAUUGGCCGAAGAGACUGCAAGAGAAGUAGUAAUACCACAAAACCAGAAUCAUCAACCAAACCCUCGUAUGAUUCACCAAUCUUCUUCUUCUCAUCAUCAAGCACAACCAACCAUGAACGUCUCUUCCUCUUCCCAUAACAUCACCAACAGCCUUUACUUUGAAACCAACCAUAAUGGUACUAAUAAUAGCAACACUAGCAGCAACCACCUCCAUACUUUUCCAAUGAAGAUAGAGCAACAACAAAGCAAUGAUCAUAUCAUCAAUUACCACCACCAUAGCAUCCCUCCUUGGCUUGCUCCUCAACCGCAAGAUCUCACGUCUUCAAACCCUAACCCUAGUAAUGGUGGAGGAGGAGGUUUGUUCUCUCUUGCAGCUUCUCCCGCUAUGUCAGCCACCGCAUUGCUCCAGAAAGCAGCUCAAAUGGGUUCCACAAAGACACCUCCAUUACCACCAACCACAGUCUCCGAGAGGUCAGCUCAUCAUAAUAACCUCACCACAACAAUGGCGGCGAUGAUGACAUCAUCAUCUGGAUUCAUCAGCUCCACCAACAACAACCAAGUUUUGUUUCAAGACUACAAUGCCUCCGAGUUUGACCAUAGCGGUGGAGAAGAAGCCUUCGACGAUACAUUCUGCGGGUUCUUGAGGACAAACGUUGAUACUACAACCACUUCAGGAUCAGACAAGAAUAAAAGCGGUGGCGGAGAAGGAGAAGAGGGUUUGACGAGAGAUUUCUUGGGGUUAAGACCGUUAAUGUCUCAUAAUGAGAUUCUAAGUUUUGCCGGUCUAGGGAAUUGCAUCAGUGGUUCUGCUUCCGAUCAGCUUCAUCCAAAGCCUUGGCAGGGUUAGUUAGAUUCUUUUGCUCAUAUAAUGAAUCUAUUUAAGUUUCUAUAUUAAUAUAAAUGGGUACAUACAUGCGUAUCUAGUUUUUUGUUUAUUUAUAAUCGUUGCUUCUUUUCUUAUUUUGUUCUGCGUCUUUUUUUUUUUUUUGCUAAAAAAUUGUUCUGCGUCUUAUAAAAUUUGUUCUGCGUCUUAUAAAAUUUAUAUGUUGAAUGUUCACCAAAGGAGAAUCAAAACGGUGCAAGUUUAUAUAUAGAUAUUUGAUUAACUUAUA